GAUUUUGGAUUGGUAUCACCGUGGGGCUUGUGUCCCAAGCGAUUGUUUGCUGUGUCAUCUGCAGCUGCAUUGAUUGGAAGAAACAAGUAGAACUGGCGCGCAAGAGAACAAAAGACGUUUGCUUGGCAAAUCCAGAUGAAAACACCGUAGAUGGCUACAAUUCAGCUAAUUCCAUAAUGAAUCGCUAUAAUGAGAGUAAGUUCUUCCGCCUUUAA